UGGAAGCAAUAUUCCAGGAAUCCAGCACGAACAGGCACGAGCAGGCAAGUGCUGUAGCUUCUGAGGCUAACCUAGAAGCUGAGCUGAAGCUUCCCAUCCACAUUUUAUGAAUGAAGGUGCCAACGCGCCUAUGGAUAUGUAAUUAACAGCCUUGCGCCCCUCGUAAAUUAAAUUCUAACUGCCUUGCGACGCAACCUUGGAAACUCUCCAACUACAACAUUGAAGCCAACAAAUUCCCAUGUCCGUACCCAUAUCGAUCCCGAUGCCCAACCAAAUGUACGCUACAAUUUACAAAUCGCCGAAGACCAUCUAAUGUACAAGCCGAGCCUAUUAGAUCUUCUAGAAUCCAAUUCCUACAAUUUGAUAUCCUUUCCACGGAAUCCGGACCUAGCAACGGUAACAGUAACGAAAGCGAAAGCGACAACGGUAGCAGUGGGAGCCUCGGCGGAAAUUGUUAGACCUCAUGGCUUUUCAAAUGCUACAAUUCUAGUAGAAGUUCAACAUGUCCGGUCGCAAGCUUGGUGGGGGGAGAAUAUUAGGUAACGGAAAAGGUCUCGCGCCUCCGGCUCCCCCAGCCAUUCGAAGAGAGAGGGAGAGAGCAGCGAGCCCGUCCGCUCAUUCUGCUCCGUCUGAUAGUACCUUGUCUAUCGGCUCUCCCGCCGCCUCCCUAUCCCCCGGUACGAGCCCAUUGCCUGAUUUUGCCCAAGAUCUUACUUCCAAUAUCAGUCUGGGAGGACCAAGCAAUGGCAGUCAGUCGGGAUCUAAGCUUGUGUGUCCCAUAUGUGAAGAGGAAAUGUUGACCCUGCUACAAUUGAAUCGCCAUAUCGAUGAUACGCACCAAGAACUACCCGAAUUCGAGCAGGACGAGGUUAAGUCCUGGAUAGAUAAGCAGGUUCUCAAGGCUAAGAAGUUCCAACCUCUCUCUCUUAUCAACCAAAAACUUCGUGGUCUCGAAGUCUUCGAGUCCAACGAAUCCGUCCCGCCUCCUGCGCCAGCCGUGGUGAGGACAAAUAGAGCUCCUCUUCCCGAUUUACCCCUAGAUCCCGACGAUAUAAUCACAAAAUCACAUUGGCAACGACCGGGUCCGAGUGAUUUAUGCACAGAUCCGGCGUGUGGGAAGAGAUUAGGCGCGGUUAACGGCAGCAUAAACUGCAGGCAAUGCGGGAGGUUAUUCUGCGAGGAACAUACCAUGUACCAGAUGAAAUUAUCGAGAUCGGCAUCGCACGAACCUGUGAGGGGUUACUGGUAUAGAGUCUGUGAAACGUGUUACAAGUCAAGAGAAGGAUACAAUGAUCAUAACGGGCUCACGAGAGAUCAUACGAAAGAGUUUGCAACUAUACGGAGAAAGCGAGUCGACAGACAGACCCUCGAAAUAUCACGACUAGAAAAGCGGCUUACCAAGUUGACCCAAUUACUUGCACAUCCACCCGAGGAAGCGGGAGCAAGUGGUGGGACGAGUCUGCUCUCCCCUUUGGCUGCUCAGAGGAACCAGCGGAAGGCUAUCGAACAGACGAUCGUAACAUGGGAGGAUGACGGGAAAGUUGCUAAAUGUCCAUUUUGUCAGCAAGAGUUUUCUUGGACAUUCAGAAGGCAUCAUUGUAGGAUAUGUGGGCGUGUUGUAUGUUCGGAUCCACAAACCGGGUGCUCGUCCGAUGUUGGCUUGAACGUUGCGAAAUCGUCUGCUCUCGCGUCCGAGAAACCGGCGGGAAGCAACCCUAUAAGUGUCGAUGUUCGCAUGUGUCGAGAUUGCAAGUUCACCGUCUUCUCUAAAAGGGAUUUCGUGGAAUCCAUUGUGCACAAGCCGCCUGAUCAACGGGCUUACGAGACGCUGAAACAAUUUGAACGUGGUAUACAGCUUCUGAUUCCUACCUUCCAAAGAGCUUUACUACCAUUGCAGGACGAGAAUAUCCCUCCAAACCAUGCACAGAUCCAAGAGGCUUCUAAGAUCAGGAAGCGACUCACUGAUAGUUUCACCAAGUACGAUGUUGCCGCUCGGCGAAUACGCGACAUGAAGACGGAUAACCCGGCCCAACGACAGCUUCAAAAAGCUAUCCACCAAGCAGCGUCUUCUUUCCUACAUAUGCACAUGUUACCUCUUAAAAACCUACCGCGUAUGUUGAAACACAACAGCUCCAGCUCCAGUUCGUCUAGGAACCGGCUUCUCACGAACGGGCACGUGGCGAGCCCGCUACGUAACGGUAGUGAUGUACUGGAAACGGCAAGCCAGACGAGCGAAACUAGCACCGUUGUGUCCGCGCUGGAGACAGAAGAGAAGGAUCUACGCGAGCGCUUGAUUGUGUUAGAGGAGCAGAAGUACAUGGUGCAAAAGAUGAUUAAUAGCGCGCACGGCGCUCGACGGUUCGAAGAAGUUAGCGCCCUAACACGUAAUAUUGAGGAGCUAGACACGGAAAUCGAGAGCAUUAGGGGCAAGGUCGCGUCUGUCGAGGAUAGGUGGCAAGGCCUAUACGCGAAUGGUGGGCCUGGAGUAAUCUUGUGAGAACCCAUUUUAUACUCAUGUUGUGAGCAUGAAAUUAAAGGAAUAGGUGGAUAGAUGGUGAAGAGAGGCUUCGCGUGGAAGCGAAUGUGAGAUCGCACUUGUACAGACAUCAGACUACUGCAUCGCAAUGGCGUUUGUUGGCAGGGUAUUUGGCAACCUUAAAUUUAUUUACGCAAGCGCUGUCAUUGUUAAAAGGGGUUGGAAAUUAGGUCUUUUAUCCAACUAUCUUUUCUAAUAUUUCUGGUCCGUGUAUAUUUUAGCAAAUCAUGAAAAUUUAAAAUGGUUUACUGCUUUCGUUAUC